AUACGGGAAACCAUUCAGCAAUCCCGUUCAAAACGUACUCCUUCAUUUCCUCUAAUUCUCUGAGUUCAAUACUACUAGGGUUAGGGUUACAGAGACAAAUCAAAGAAUUUUGCCCAUCAUAAUCCAUUUCCCAUCCCAAAAAUGGCAACCAGAUCCGGCAACCGACAACAGGCUAACGCCGGUGGAGCAGCAAACACAGCAAAACCAGCGAAGAGAAAGCCAGUUUUCAUAAAAGUGGAUCAGUUGAAACCGGGAACAAGCGGUCACAAUCUGACCGUUAAGGUUGUGAAUGCGAACACAGUACUCAGCAAGAAACCUAGGAAUCCAUCAUCAUCGUUGCGUGUGCCAGCACGACCCCAACAGAACACUCGCAUAACCGAAUGUCUUGUUGGGGAUGAAUCUGGAUCCAUCCUUUUCACUGCUCGUAACGAUCAAGUUGACAUGAUGAAGCCAGAUGCCACAAUCAUACUUCGAAAUGCUAAGAUUGACAUGUUUAAGGGGUCUAUGAGGCUAGCUGUUGAUAAAUGGGGUCGUGUUGAGGUUGCUGCUGGGCCUGCAAAUUUUGUGGUCAAUGAAGAAAACAAUUUAUCCUUGGUUGAGUACGAGUUGGUGAAUGUCGAAGAAUAGAAGUGAAUUUUACAUUACUAAGGGGGUGCUAUUGGGUAAAUUUGCUUUUGUGGCUAUCUGUUUUUGGUAUACAAAUCUCACUCAAUAAAUUAGUUGUCGCGUUGAAGAUGCUUAACAUGUGGUAGGACUAAUCUAAUAUCAGUUCAUUGUAAAAAGGAUUCACCUUAUAAAGAGUGUGUUAAGGUGGGUGUUAGCACUAGUUUUUUGGUAAUAUAUCUUGCUUUCAGUGCAUUUAUUGAUUCAGAUUAUGUUCCUCUAUC